UGGCUCUGCACACACUUCUGAAGCACGCCAAAGGGAUUUACAGAGCUUGAGCAAGAUACAAAGGAGGGAAAAGUCUACAAAGAGAAAACUACCUUUCACUGAAUCAGGAUGUCUAAGCUUGCAGAGAGAACCCUUUUCGUUUUCUACAUUUCAACACAGAUUUGCUCCCAGAUCUUGGCGCAGGUGUGUCAGACCAGGUGCCUCUGUCCGCAAGAGCCUCCGCUGUGCGCCCCCGGGGUCCAGUUGAUUCUGGAUGACUGCGCAUGCUGUCUGGUCUGUGCCCGGCAGAAAGGAGAGGCGUGCUCAGAAAUAAGUCCCUGUGAUACACACAGGGGUCUGAACUGCGACUACACGGCCGAUGUACACCAGAGGACAGGUGUCUGUGUCGCACAUGAGGGAGACGUCUGCCUGUUGGACGGUUCAGUGUAUCAGAACGGAGAGACCUUCUUCCCCAGCUGCAAGUAUCAGUGCACCUGCAGGGACGGUCAGAUCGCCUGCGUGCCGCGCUGCAACCUGGACGUGAUGCUGCCGGGCCCAGACUGCCCUCUACCCAGGAAGGUGGUGGUCCCAGGGGAGUGCUGUGAGAAGUGGGUAUGUGAGCCCCAACCAGAGGCCAGUGCCUUGGGAAGCUUCGCCAUGGCUGCCUACAGACAGGAGGAGACAGUGGGGUUUGACUCGUGGGACCCCAGUACUAACUGCAUAGAGCAGACUACGGAGUGGGGCGCCUGCUCUCGCACCUGUGGCAUGAGCAUCUCCACCCGGGUCACCAACAAGAACCCCCGCUGUGAGAUGGUCAAGCAGACGCGUCUAUGCAUCGUCAGGCCCUGCGACAAACAGCAACAGGAUGUUCCUAAGAGAGGAAGCAAGUGCCUGAGGAUGAAGAAGGCGGUGAAACCCAUCCGGUUCAGCUAUAAGAACUGCACCAGCGUGCUGACCUACAAGCCCCGGUACUGUGGUGUGUGUACGGACGGGCGUUGCUGCACCCCCCACAGCACCGAGACAGUGCAGGUAGAGUUCCAAUGUGCUCAGGGUGAAGCCAUCAAGAAACCCGUGAUGUUCAUCAACACCUGCGCCUGCCACUACCACUGUCCCAGAGACAACGUCGUGUAUCGACCAUCAGACCUGGUCUACAGCGGUUACAGGUUAUAACGCUGUUACCACAGACACAACGACAGUUUCUCCUAUUCCUCCGUGAAGGUAGUAUUGUACUGUACUGUAGUCGGGUGACUCUAUAUGUUCGUGACUCUAAAUGUUCUUGACAACAUCUUCCUGAAGGUGUAUUGUUGGUCUCAGGAGGGAGAAUCUCAAUUGCAUACUUAUCGCGUUCCUCUCUCCUCGCCUCCUUCUCAAAACCCAUUGGAUGAGAAAGCCAGAUGUCCCUCCCCUUUGACAUUCUCCUCCAAUGGGUUUUUAGGGAGGCGAGGAGAGAGGAGAGAGGGCGCGAGGAGAGAGGGCGCGAGGAGAGAGGGCGCGAGGAGAGAGGGCGUGAGGAGAGAGGGCGUGAGGAGAGAGGGCAAGAGGAGAGAGAGAGAGUAAGGAGAGAGGGCGUGAGGAGAGAGGAGAGUGAGGAAAGAGGGCGUGAGGAGAGAGGACACGAGGAGUAUGCAAUUGAGAUUCUCACAGUCAGCACUUAGCUACCUUUACAGAAUAGAUGAGCUUUCUGCAUCUGAUAUAACUGGAAACAUUAACCACAGAGUUUUCCUUUUUCUGCAAACGGCCUCAGUGAUCAUACACAGCUCCUGGGUCAGUUUUAAACAGCCUGACUCAAACGGCCUCAGUGAUCAUACACAGCUCCUGGGUCAGUUUUAAAAAGACUCUGACUCAAACGGCCUCAGUGAUCAUACACAGCUCCUGGGUCAGUUUUAAAAAGACUCUGACUCAAACGGCCUCAGUGAUCAUACACAGCUCCUGGGUCAGUUUUAAAAAGACUCUGACUCAAACGGCCUCAGUGAUCAUACACAGCUCCUGGGUCAGUUUUAAAAAGACUGACUCAAACGGCCUCAGUGAUCAUACACAGCUCCUGGGUCAGUUUUAAACAGCCUGACUCAAAUGGCCUCAGGAGAUCAUACACAGCUCCUGGGUCAGUUUUAAACAGCCUGACUCAAAUGGCCUCAGGAGAUCAUACACAGCUCCUGGGUCAGUUUUAAACAGCCUGACUCAAACGGCCUCAGGAGAUCAUACACAGCUCCUGGGUCAGUUUUAAACA